CAGAAGGGAGGCAGCGGCUGUGCAGAGCUCAGCUGUCCCCGCUCUCCUGCCCGGGGCUCGGCACUGCGGCAUGCGGCUGCUGCUGCAGGCAGCGCUCCUGUGCCUCACCCUGCGCUUGGGCCACGGCACCCAGGAGGCAGCAGCCGACAGCCCCGGCCACCAGGAUCCGACACCGGAGCCGUCCUAUUCCGACUGGGGCCUCGACACCAUCCGCGGCGGCUUUGAGACGGUGAACAGCUACUUCGACUCCUUCUUGGAACUGCUUGGGGGGAAAAACGGGGUCUGUCAGUACCGAUGUCGAUAUGGGAAGGCUCCCAUGCCACGGCCUCACUACAAACCCCAAGAACCCAACGGCUGUAGCUCCCAUUUUCUGGGGCUCAAGGUACCCGAAAGUCUAGACUUGGGCAUCCCUGCCAUGACCAAGUGCUGUAACCAGCUGGACAUCUGUUAUGACACCUGUGGGGCCAACAAAUACCGCUGUGACGCCAAGUUCCGCUGGUGCCUCCACUCCAUCUGCUCCGACCUCAAGCGCAGCCUGGGCUUCGUCUCCAAGGUGCAAGCCUGUGAAUCCAUGGCAGACACGGUGUUCAACGCCGUCUGGACCCUGGGCUGCCGGCCCUUCAUGAACAGCCAGAGGAGCGCCUGCAUUUGCAGCGAGGAAGAGCGGGAUGAGCUGUGAGGAGGAGCAGCUGCCCCGGUCCCCGUGAGCCCCUCUCCAGCGCAGUGACUCCUGCCAGGCCCAGCAGGGGCUGGGGACCCGGGCUGAGGUGGCUCUGGGCACAGCUGAGCCAGCCCAUGGACAGAGGGCAGCCGUGCCUGCUGCAGGUGCAGCUCCACAGCCCCAGCGCCCCUUUCCAAGCCCUCCAGGCAGCAGGAUCCCAUGCCAGCUCUUUCCAUCGGGAGAGGCAAGCAGGAUGCAGUGCUGGUUAUAAACACGGGGCUUACCUUAAAUACACACUAUUACCUCCCCCCACCCUGUAACUCUCUAAUUUGCAGUGCAAGGCAUUAGGUUUCUGCAAGCCCUGUGAAAUUCCCAGUCCAUGGAUGUGCUAUUUGCAGUUUUGCAUCACUGGUGACAGACUGAAGAGGGGAAAUCUGCUUUCAGUACGUUGCUCACGCCCAUCCCUGACACUUUCCAUCCUGUCAUUACACACCUGGACAACCCUGCAUAUUUAAAUAGUUGGUGGGUCCUAAACUGAUUUAAGACAUCCAGAGAUUUCUUAAGCAUGAGUUAAGGGGAAGGGCUUGAGGUGUUUGUGGUACACAAUUGAUAUUUGGGACCAAAGCCCACCAUUUAAUUUAUCAGACGUGAAACCACAGCCCUCUCCCCCAGUCUCAGGAGAGGAAGCCGCUUUUUUUUUUUGCCAGUGCCAUGCACAUCUAUUUAAUUACUUCUCUCCUAUAGCAUUUAACAAAGCUUUGCCCUUAGGAUCCCUUUUUACACAGAAUGGCUGGGUAUCCACCUCCAUCUCUCGCACGAGGGAAGCAGGAGGCUCACAGUGGCUCUGGAUGAGAUAUUCCAAAUUCUGGAGGCUUAUCUGUCAGGUGACAGGACUUAACAUGCUACCUCUGUGGGGCUGCUAUCAGCAGCCUCAGACACCAUUCCUUCUAAAACGUGGUUAAUACUCCCAUCUGUUAUGGGGAGCUUUCUUUGCAUGCAAAACCAGCGUUUUGCCUUCACAGAACAUUGGCAAACAGCUUUCAGCUGGGUUUCUUGUUGGAAGGAAGCUGCUCCUGGGUGUGUGUGUGCCUUGCCACGUAAAUAUUUCAGCGGCUCCUGCAAACGUAUUUGUGAUUAUGUUCUUCCAUCUGCCACAGAGAAGUUAAGGCUGCAAAAGGGUGAUUUAACAAGAGUGGAAAGAGUCUGUCUUGGUUGCUUUUCUUCCAGUUUAAAAGGGUUUAAAAUGUAUGCACGGAGCUGUAAAUUAUUUAAGCCCUGUAUUCCUGUUCCUGCCAGUCACCUUUGCCUUACAGUGAGCAGCAAUGAGAUGUUCAGCUGACCCCAAGUGGGCUGGAACAAGAAGAGCCCACUGGUAUGCAGACCAGGAAAGUGGAAAUGGCUGCAUGGGGUGUGUACUGGCAUGGGUUCCAUCACAGAGGACUUCAACACUGAUCAGAUGCAAUGACAGCCUUUCCUAGCUGGGCUAAUGCCACUGGAGAGGGAAUUCUGCAUUGCUGAGGUUCACCACUCUGCCAGAGCACAAGGCUGGACAUAACCUUGGUUAUCCAGCUAAGAAACACGUACUUUUGCCUAGGGGGUGGGAAGGGAACAUUCCUUAUUCGAGACACUUCCCAAACUUUGUAUUUUGUUGGUGAAAUGGUGCCUGUGGCCAGUUUAAAUGUGAACAUACUCUAAUGAUUAAAUGACAAAAAAGAAAUUAAAACAGCUGUACUGUCUACGUCCAAUAGCCGGCUGGAUGGCAAAUAUCACAAAUUAUUUUAUAGUUCAACUGGUAUCAGAUUAAAGACAAGCACCUGCUGGCAGGUGAUGACACACACUGGAGAAAUCAAAAGGUUCUGAACAAAAUCUCUGUACCCAGACACCGAUGCGCUGGAGACAUCGCUGACAUAAAUCAUAAUUUCUCCCUGCCUUCAGACUGCCACUCAUCCCAAAACCCUAGAGACCAACAGGCCAGCUACUUAAUAAAUUCAUUUUUCACUGUGGUAAUCUGAAAAACCCCACCAGCAGCUCCACAAGGAAAUAUUUGAACCUUCAAGUGGUGGCAGUGACUCUGGCAAAGCACCAGGCAAUCCUGUGGAGGAGCAAACCAGCGCAUGGACUCCAGUAAAACCGCAUCCCAAGUAAAAAUUGCUUCCUCUCCUAAAAAUUGCCACUCCUGCUUAUCCAGGGAUGUACAGCCAUGGAAGCAGCUGAUCACAGGAUUCUCCAGGUUGCUGCACAAACCUUGGGCUGUCUUCAGCUCCAUCCUGCUCUGGACACAAAGACAGCACUUUGCUCAUCCCGUGGCUUCCUCUUGACUUUGUGCAUUUGGCAGGAUUGUUUUCAGCUGCAGAGUGGAAAAGCUGCUUCACAUGAAUUUGUCAGGAAAAACCAAAUCAUGUGCACAAUAACUGAAAUAAGCCAGGAAAGGAAGUUCUCCCCCCCACAUGAACAAACAAAACCAGUUGAUUCUCCAGAAGGCACCAGAUAAUUAAUUUCAUUUCCCAGCUCUUGUUAUAUCAAAACAAAUAUAUUUAGCGGAGGCUGCCUGAAGAAAGAAAUUUCCACAGGGAAACUGCCCCUGUGGUCCUAAUGCAGAUGUGAAUCAGCAGAACAACAAUCCUAGGAGAAGCCUUUUUCCUUUCUUUUUUGUUCACACAUGGUUAGAUACCACACAAAAAGUGUCUUUCUGUUUACACCUACUUAUCAUAAUAGAAAUAUCUUUGUUUAACACACACACACACACGUUAUUUCCAAGACUGGAAAAGCAGCCAUGAAGCUAUUUAGAAAAAUUAUUAAACUCAGCCAUUAAAUGUUCAUUCCUGACUGGAAUCUCCUUUGCCAGAACAAAUAAAUCUGUGAAACAGGUUGAAA